AUGUUGGUGAGGGCGGGAGCGACGGCGGCGGCAACGGCAACAACAACGGCCCUGCCCGGGCUGCGCCGGUUGUGGCGGGGAGGGGGGAGCGGGGCCGCCGCCUGCUUCCCGCUGGGCCGGGCGCUGCUGGACGUGCGGGGCGCCGAGGCCGGCCUCUUCCUCCAGGGGCUCCUCACUAACGACGUCACGCGGUUGGUAGCGGGGGACGGCCCCCCCCGCCGCCGCGCUGCCGCGGCCCUGCCGCGCGCGCUCUACGCGCAUGCGCUCAACGUCCAGGGCCGCUGCCUCUAUGACAUCAUCCUCUACAGGCUUCACGAGAGCCCAGAAGAAGAGCCGCACAUCCUGCUGGAGUGUGACAGCGGCGUGCUGGACGCCAUACAAAAACAUCUGAAACUGUACAAGAUCCGGAGGAAAGUAAACAUCGCCCCUUGCCUUGACCUCUCUUUGUGGGCCGUCAUCCCCGGGGAGCGGGCUGGAGACAUUGCCAGUUCCCUCGCUAAAUGUGCAGACCAGGCUCUGGUUUUAACUCCUGACCCCAGAACAGAAGUCAUGGGCUGGAGACUGAUUACAAAGAAAGGAGCAAAUCUAUCAGAGAUUAUCCCCGGGGGUCAUAUUGGAAAUAUUCAGGAUUACCACAGGCACAGGUAUAAACAAGGAAUUCCAGAAGGUGUGAAAGAUCUCCCUCCUGGAGUAGCCCUCCCGCUGGAAUCAAACCUGGCCUACAUGAACGGCAUCAGCUUUACCAAAGGCUGUUACAUUGCAGAGUUGACAGCCAGGACCCACCACAUGGGUGUCAUUCGCAAACGUCUGCUGCGUCGCUUUUCAGCUCCUCUUCCCAAGGACGGCAUUCCCGAGGGUGCCGAGAUCUUAACCGAAUCGGGAAAGUCAGCUGGCAAGUUCCGGGCUGGAGGAGAUGAACUUGGUAUAGCUUUGCUGAGGUUAGCUAAUAUAAAUGAACCACUCUGCCUAAAUAUAGCGGGUGAUAAAGUGAAGCUUACUGCAAGUAUACCCGAGUGGUGGCCAAAAACUGCUAGUAAAUAAAUGAGGAGCCACCGCUUGCACGUUUGCCUUACUGAGAAUAUAUUUUGUGUGAUAAGUUUGGGAAGGCGACUCGGCCUUCAGCUCUUGUUUGUGGUGUUUGAUAGCGGGGGGGGGCGUUACAGGAUUUUUCACAUCAGGACUGAACGGCAGGAACCCAAACGAGCGGCGGGUCGCUGAGGACAGGAGGAUAAUCUGUUGAAGCGUUGUGGAGAGACCCGUACAGGGUAUGCAGGGAAGCUCACCUUUUCCUGAGGGUACCCCGUGUUUAUUUAGGGGGUGCCACGUGUCGUUGAGUCGGACCGCUGCUGAAUUUUCAGUCCACCACUCGCUCAGUCCGACUGUGCUGUGCAUAGGGUGCGGGGUGUGCUCAGACUGCAAGCGAGCGAUGGGAGCCGGAGUUUCCCCGUUGUAUGCACUGAGUGUUUCUGUUCAGAAUAACCAUUCUGGGGUAUUAUAAAUUCUUUUUUUUUUUUUUUUGAACGGAGAGCAUGCCACUCUUACCUUGCAUAAGAUAUAUACUCAGGCUAAAGUGUUCACUGCAAAUUACUCCUUGCAUUGAGCUGCUUCUUAAACUUGCUGAUUGGGUGGGUGUUUUUUCCCACCACUCGAACUGCUAAUUGUGUUCAGGAAGAGGAAUACCUUGUACUCCACAUUUCAGACCUUGAUUUUAAUAAGUCAACCCCGGGUGGGAAAGCUCUCAAACAUCCCGCUCCCGUCCCCUGCUUCAGCGCCGGCAGAGGGAGCACAGCCAGCAGCAGCCAGCUCCUGACCUCGGUCAUGCACGCUUCCUUCACUCAAACAACUGUUUCAGAGAGGAAGGUGAUAUUUUACGGAAAGAAGGUGCACUGGUGCGUGCCCUGGUGUGACUAUUGUAUGGUGUGCUGGUGCUUGGCAGAAUAAUCUCUUACUAGAAGCACGUGCCCUCCAGUUGCCAACAAGAGCUGAGGGGUGGAUUUUUUUGGCAUCAACAUCUUCGCUCUGUCAUCUCGUAGAAAAAUCCUCCGCGCUUUCCUGAAGCCUUUGGCAGGGGUUUCCUCGCUCCCUCCACAAAGCUGGCGAAGGGACAGCGUGGCCCCACCUCAGACCUUUGCUCCUUCCCUCAGCCUUAAGCUGCAGUCCCUGGAGAAGGGGUUAAUGCCACACGUGCUCUUGGCUUAGCCUGGCGUUCCUGAGGGAGGAUUUUCACCACAUUCGCUUCUCCGGCCGCUUCACCACCACGCGUGUUCUGAGAGCUCUCUGUACCCCUCGUACAAAAACCUGUCCAUGCUGCCGUCUACCAGCCGAGGUUUUCUGCAUCCACCAUCCCCUGUGGGUUUUCAGAGCAGCCCAGUACUUCAGCGUUUCUUUGCUGCACUUUUCUGGCUCCCGCUGCUCUUCUGUCUUUGCACUUUUUCUUGCUUCUGCAGUCAACGUAUUCCUCUUUGCUUCCCCAAAGCCGACCAGCUCUGUGCCUCCUAACCCUCUCAACCUGCAGUUAAUUUACAAGAGCCCUACCUAUUUUUGUAUUACAAUAAAUCCAUUGCGCGCCCGCUCUUGGAAUCGCGCGCGAGCGGCAGGGCGCGAUGAGAGAGAUGAGCAGGUGAGAACCCACGCAGACCAAAAAAAAGCUCUUGCAUACGUAUUUGUGACAAAAAGCACGUUCUGCCACUGUUUCGGUGUCACUGUUACUGUGAAAGGAAUUUAUCUGUGAAAAAUGCUCAUAUUGGUUAAAACUCUUUAUGCUUGCUGUAAAAUGAGGUUGUGGGAUAUCUCAUUAAAAGUUUAUUGUAUCAGUAAUCUAAAUGUGACUUGUCUGAAAGAGAAGAGACGCUACCUUUUAUUUACCUUGUGCGAAGAUACACAACAAAAUAUUUUUUUGGGUUGCUUGCUGACAAGAAGUGUGUCUUACGCGGUUCGUCACCCCUUUGUCAGCUUUGAGAUUGUUAACAAAGUCUUUCUGCUGGAAAAAUAAAUGAAACUGCAGUCCUUCAGCCUUUUUCGAUCCUCUGAAUGCAAUGAAGGCGAGACUGUGCUGCCCGUGUUGAUGCCGCUUUUCCAGAAGCAGCUUUUCCUCUCUGCCACCCAUUGUGCAAAGUCUCCUCAGAAUAGUUAUAUUGUACUGGUAUGCGCGCAGCCUGAAUAAACUCUAUGUUUCUUCUGU